GUCAAACUAUAAUCAUUUGUUCCGUGUGCAACUUUUUCUUCCUCACAUAUAGGGAAACAAUCUUCCCACACCCCACUCAAUCCAUAUACAUUCACCCCUAUCUUACAAAUUCUUUUUUGGAACACGUGGUUCGUGUUAAUCUCUACAACCAGAUUGGCCGAAAUUGUUAAAGUUUCUGUCUGUAUAUAUAUAUUCGUGGUUCUGGGUAGCCUCAUCUCACUUCAAUUACACUCUUUUAUCUUACACCACAAGAAAGUGUUUGAUCCCAAAAUACAACAGAAGUGAAAAAUGGUGGUGGCAGAGUUGAGAGGAAUGAAGAGUCUCGGCUACAACGUUAUCACCGGGCGUUGGUUCAUGCUGUUUGCAUCUUUACUUAUCAUGUCCGUUGCUGGGGCAACCUAUAUGUUUGGAGCAUACUCUAAUGAGGUCAAAACCUCUUUGGGGUACGACCAGUCCACUCUCAACUUGCUCAGCUUCUUCAAAGACCUAGGUGCCAACGUUGGAGUCGUAUCCGGGUUGGUCAACGAGAUAACACCACCCUGGGUGGUACUCUCUAUAGGGGUUCUUAUGAACUUCUUUGGCUACUUCAUGAUAUGGCUUGCAGUCUCUGGCCGCAUUGCCAAACCCCAACUUUGGAAAAUGUGUCUCUACAUUUGCAUUGGUGCAAAUUCUCAAACCUUUGCCAACACUGGUGCUUUGGUCACAUGUGUCAAGAACUUCCCAGGAAGCCGUGGCAGUCUUUUAGGCCUACUCAAAGGUUACGUUGGUCUAAGUGGUGCCAUCAUCACACAGCUCUACCAUGCCUUCUAUGGUGAUCACAACCCUCAGGCCCUUAUCUUACUCAUUGCGUGGCUCCCUGCCGCUGUUUCCUUCCUUUUCCUUCCAACAAUUCGGAUAUUCAACACAGUCCACCAGCCUAAGAACAACAGAGUUUUCUACCACCUUCUUUAUAUUUCACUUUGUCUUGCAGGGUUUCUCAUGGUUUUGAUCCUUGUACAAAACAAGCUUAGUUUCUCAAGGAUUGAGUACACAGUCGAUGGCCUUGUUGUUCUCUCCUUUCUUCUUCUCCCACUCGCCGUGGUAUUUAGAGAGGAGGUAAAUCAUUUAAAGGCCAAAACGGAAGGUUUGACCGAUUCAGCACCUGAGUUGAAAGUAGUCACUGAAGUUAUUCCACCUCCAAACGUCGAGCAAGAAGUACUACCAACCACCACAAGUUCACACGAGAAAAUUUCAUGUUUCAGGAACAUACUCAACCCCCCUAAGAGGGGAGAAGACUACACAAUUUUGCAAGCACUUUUCAGUGUGGACAUGCUGACUUUGUUCGUUGCAACAACGUUCGGUGCUGGCGGAACACUAACAGCCAUAGACAAUCUAGGACAGAUUGGAAACUCAUUGGGUUACCCAAGUAAAAGCACGACAACCUUUGUGUCCUUGGUGAGCAUAUGGAACUACUUAGGAAGAGUAGCUGCAGGUUAUGCCUCUGAAGUCCUCUUAGUCAAAUACAAAGUUCCUCGUCCCUAUAUGGUCACUCUAGUUUUGCUUCUCUCUUGUGUUGGACAUAUUCUGAUAGCCCUUGGCGUCCCAAACUCUCUCUACUUGUCUUCGGUGAUUAUUGGGUUUUGUUUUGGAGCUCAGUGGCCACUGAUGUUUGCAAUCAUAUCAGAAAUAUUUGGCCUUAAAUACUACUCCACGUUAUACAACUUAGGAGGCGCGGCAAGCCCUGUUGGAUCGUACAUUCUAAACGUGAAAGUGGCUGGUGUUUUGUAUGAUAAAGAGGCUUUGAAACAAUUGAAGGCCAAAGGACUAACGAGAGAAGAAGGGAAGGACCUAACUUGUGUAGGAGUGCAAUGCUACAGAAUGGCUUUUAUCAUAAUCACAGCUUCAACGUUGGUUGCGUGUUUAGCCUCGUUCAUCUUGGCGCUGAGGACUAGAAAAUUUUACAAAGGGGAUAUCUAUAGAAAGUUUAGAAGGGAACAUGAAACAACAGAGAAUGAGACGGAGAUUACAAAGGAAGGUGUUAGAUGUUCUGGUUGAAAUACAAGGACACUCAAGGAACCAGAGAAAAACUAUACAAGAGUGUGUUUAAGUUUUAGUUGCAGUAAAUGCAUGGCUUUUCGUUGUACAUUAAUAAGUUUGGUUCUGUAGAAUUAGUAAAUAGUGAAUGGUAUCAGAAGCUUUAGUUAUUAGAGCAUUUUUAUCUGUUCAGGAAAGAACUGCAUGUUAAUAUUUUUCUCUCACGUCAAAUUUAUGGUGAAAAGGGUGAAGUUAUUGUAAGAUUUCAGGAUAAUUACAUCUUUAGAAUUCCCCUCAGUA